AUGUCUAGUGACUAUAUACCAAUUGACCGCCCGGUUCCGUUCUUGCGGGCUAAACGAAAUUGGAUUUUAUCUGCAUUCGCUACUUUUCUGGUUGUUUGCGUGUACCAGGCUUCUCGUCUUGCGCACAGGCCGCCUGCGGUUCAUGGACCACCUCUGAUUUGCGAUUCUGUUCAUACCGUUGAAGAAUUGCCUGUGCACAAGAUUCGCAAGCUGCUGGACGAUAAGGCCCUGUAUAACCAGACUUUGGCAAAGUUGCAGAACGCUGUGCGCGUACCAACUGAAAUCUACGAUACCGCCGUCAACCCGGAAAUAGAUGCCCAGGACAAAGCAUGGGCUUCUUUCAAAAUACUACACCAACAAUUAGCCAAGGAUUUUCCCGCUGUCUGGUCGCAACUGGAUAUCGAGAUUGUCAAUCAUUACGGGCUCAUCAUCACUUGGGCGGGUUCCAAUUCUACGUUGAAACCUGUCAUGCUCGCUGCUCAUCAAGAUGUGGUCCCUGUAGAACGCAAAACCUGGAACAAGUGGCAGCAUGAACCUUUCUCCGGUGAUCUCACAGAAGACCCUGAGUGGGGAACGCUGCUAUGGGGCCGUGGAUCUUUCGACGAUAAAAACCAGCUCAUUGGUAUUCUGCAAGCUAUUGAAUACAUGUUGACCGAGGAGCCUGAAUUUAAACCCGAACGUGGCAUCGUGGUGGCCUCAGGAUUUGACGAAGAAAUUGGCGGCCAUUUCGGUGCGGCAUACAUUGCCCCAAUUCUGGAAGAAAGAUAUGGUAAGGACGGUAUCUUAAGCAUCAUUGAUGAAGGUGUAGUGGGCGUUAAAGAGAUUGAAAACGUCAUGAUUGCCGCUCCUGGAACUGGUGAAAAGGGGCGCUUCGACUUGUGGAUCCAUCUCAACACCCCCGGCGGUCACUCGUCGGUGCCCCCGGAUCAUACUUCGAUUGGGAUUGCAGCAAAAGUGAUUUCUGAAAUUGAAAGCGAGAAGUUUCCCGCUCUAUUUACUGAACAAAACCCAGAGUCGCAAUACUAUCGUUGUAUUGCGAAGAAUUCAGACUCGAUAUCGCCCCGCGUGAAGAACGAUUUUGCGCGCGCAAUGCAGAGCCCCGGUGCUAAUAGUAGGGUUCUCAAGUACUUGAUUGACACGGGUGGUAAGAAAACCGAGUAUCUGUUCCGCAGCACGCAUGCGUUUGACUUAAUACAGGGUGGAAUAAAAGCCAACGCGCUUCCAGAAACAGUCUCGUUCUUUGUGGACUCCAGAAUCGCCAUAGAGUCCAGCGUCGCGGAGGUUUCAGAAACUUUAUUGGCCAAAAUCAUGAAAGUAGCAGAAAAAUACGACCUUGGAGUUACCUCAGAGGGCAAAGAACUACGUCCUGCGACACCCAACGGAAACUUCAAGCUUGAGCACAGCCAUCCCUUGGAACCCGCCCCUGUGUCGCCAGAUAACGAAGUAUGGAGCCUUUUCGCGGGGUCCAUCAAGACUUUCUACGAAGAUGUAAUUUUCCCAACUGCCUUUGCGGAGCCUAAGGAGCUCGUCGUGGCACCCAGUAUUAUGACCGCGAAUACUGAUACUGCUCACUAUUGGAACUUGACUCGGAACAUCUACCGUUACCAGCCCGGAUUUGCCAUGGAGGACACACUUUCGACGAUUCAUUCUGUCGACGAACACAUAAAUUUCGAUACAGUAAUGCACGUCGUCGCGUUCAUGUACGGGUACAUCCACGCGGUCAACACAGCUCAAAUAUAG